AUGGGGGUGGCCCCUAAAGCGUCGCAAGGGCCGAAAAAGGGACCAGCCAGAGCCAGCGAGCGGCCCCCUGCCAAUUUAAAGAAGGGAACCGCCGCUCAAACUGGCACUGAGGUGGCCCGGGGUCCUCCAAGCCGACCCCCCUCAAAGGCGAGGAAGGCUCGACUGCCUUCCGCGACCGCGUCUCCUCCCGUCACCGAGGACGUGAAUAGGGGUGCGGGCAGUGGCGACAAGGAGGCGACCUGGGCACAGGUCGUCUCCAGGGGCGCCAAAAGGGCGGCCGCCAAAGCCAAAAAGGCCGCGGCGGCUCCGCCCCAGCCGCCCGCCCGCGGGAAGUCUGGAGCCGCCCCCAUUAAAAAACCCGGGGGUGGCACCAAAGGGAAUGCUGGGUCCGGAAAGGGGGGCGCUGCUGGAGUCCCCAAAACCUCCGGCAAGAAGCCUCCCACCCCCAGGCUCAG